GGGCCUGUACAUAAUAGUGAUGUAUGCCUCUCUCAGUUGGCGCCCAGAAGCCCAGAGAGAGAGAGAGGAGAGGAGAGAGAGAUACGACGUGGUCGAUCUUUCCCCAAUCCUCGUCCUCCAACCGUUUGUUCUUUCCAUUCGACCAACGCAAUCUAGAUCCCACUGUCGGGAACUGUUGUUACCCCACCCUUCCGCCCUAGAUAACUUCACAGUUCCUAAAUUAAACCAAAUCAGUUUGAUCGUCCGAGAAUGGUGGAUGGGAAGGUCAUUAAGCGUGCCAAGUACAAGUCUACGAUUAAAGACCCUGGCACUCCUGGCAUAUUGGAAAUGACGGAGGACAGAUUCAUCUUCACACCUCACAACCCAAAAUCUUCGCCAAGCCUUGAUGUGCUGUUUCGAUUGAUUAAAGGGCACAAGUUCACCAAGGAGGGAACUAAGCAAGGCUUGCGGCCCUUGCUUAAUCUAACCCAUGAACAGGGUGGAAGUUACAUCUUUGAGUUUGAAAACUUUUCUGAUCGCGAUGUUUGCAAAGAAUUUGUAGGCAGAGCUAUUACAAUGCCUACAGAAGCUGGUAAAGAUGGUUCUGAACAAUCUGCUGUGGCUACUCAGGACGAACAACUUAGUACAAAAGAAAUGGAGCGUCGAAUUAAGCUACUGCAAGAAGAUAGCGAGUUGCAGAAACUUCAUAAACAAUUUGUGCUAGGAGGUGUUUUGACAGAAGCUGAGUUUUGGGCAACAAGGAAGAAGUUGCUGGAUGGGGACACCAGCAGGGUAACAAGACAGCGGGCAGGAUUCAAAAGUGCCCUGCUCUCAGAUGUCAAACCGUCAGCUGAUGGUCGGUCGAAUCGAGUUACAUUUAACUUGACACCGGAGAUUAUCCACCAGAUUUUUGCUGAGAAACCAGCUGUUCACAGGGCAUACAUGAAGUUUGUUCCUAAUAAGAUGACCGAGAAGGACUUCUGGACCAAAUAUUGCAGAGCGGAAUACCUACAUAGUACAAAAAAUGCAGUUGCAGCAGCGGCAGAGGCUGCUGAAGAUGAGGAGCUUGCGGUUUUCUUGAAGCAUGAUGAUGUAUGGGCAAGUGAAGCUCGGCACAAGAUUAGACGAGUUGAUCCAACUUUAGACAUGGAAGCUGAUGAAGGGGAUGAUUACAUUCAUCUUCCGGUACUUUGGGAUCAUGGGAUGUCUCGCGAUGGCAGCGAUAAUGCUACUGACUCGCAGUAUGAUGAAUACAGAAGGUCUCUUUCACAAGUCCUUAAUCGCCAUGGUGCAGUUGUCCUUGAAGGAAGAUCCAUAGAUGUGGAAUCGGGAGACACAAGGUCCGUGGCUGAGGCUCUUGCAAGGUCAAAACAGGUUGAGUUAGCUAAUGGAGCAUCUGAUGGGAUGGUAAACCAGGAACGCUUGGAGAGGAUUUCUCAGCUGGCUGAAAUUGAAGAUCUUCAGGCAUCUCGUGACCUUCCAUUGGCACCUCUCUUCAUUAAAGUUUGUCUCUUGGACCAGGAUCCUCGAGAAUACUUUGAUUCUCAGCAAGCUAAUGCAAUAAAAACUUUGGGGGACACACUUGCUGGAACAAGACAAAUCAAAUGCAGCCUCAGCACCAGUGAAGCUUAUGGUUCUCUAAGGGAGCGAAUAUCUGAGGUUAAAAUCUCCGGAUUGGGUGAUCCCAUUGUUAAACCUGCAGUUGCUUUUAAGGUUUUUGAUGGAUUGACCCAGAAUAUAAAAAGCACCAAGUAUCAGCGUGGGAAGAAUCCGCAGGAGAGUGUUUUGGAUGGGUUGCCAAAAAUCACUAAAGAGGAACUCUUACAUCAUUGGACGUCCAUUGAGGAAUUACUCAAGCAUUUCUGGUCAUCAUAUCCAAUUACAACCUCAUAUCUUUAUGUUAAGGUACGCAGACUCAAGGAUGCCAUGUCACAAAUUUAUCCCAAGUUACAGGAGAUCAAGGAAUCUGUGCAGUCGGAUUGUCGACAUCAAGUUUCCCUCCUUGUUCAGCCAAUGCUUCAGGCUUUGGAUGCUGCUUUUGCACAUUAUGAUGCAGACUUACAGAAGAGAUCGGCAAAGAGUGGAGAUAGACCCAAUGGAUUCGUGUAGGGAAAUUAACCGUAAAUCACCUGACAAGUGUGCUGUUGCAUUUUUGGCUGCCCCAGUGACAUGGGGCUAUAUACGUUUGUACAUCUAGUGAAAUUUUGAUCCGAGCUUGUCCAAGAGAAAAGGACAUCGAAAGAAGUGUACCAAUUUUUGUCUAUUUUUGGCAGAUAACUUAUUUUGAACUAGUUGGGUACUAAGUUAUCCAGAUGCGAAUGCUAUUGUUAACGUAUGAGAUGUAUACUUGUACAAAUUUUGCCGUUAUAUCAAUAUCAGUUUUGGCC